GUCUCGCCUGGCGUCCACCACGACCCAGCUGCAUAUUCCAAGGUUUAGGACCUUCUGAGUCGUCGCAGUCGACCGCGCAGGACUUGCACUCACUCGGAUCGUCGUAUUUCCCGCAGUUUUUCACGAUGGCCACGGAUUACUCGCCUGAGUCUUCAAGCCCUCAGCCUCACCCCUACCUUCAUGAACCGAUCCUGUAUAUUGCUACUUUGCCGUCAUGGCUCGACAACGAGCUUGUAGCUCAAGCGCUUACUGGCUGUGCGCCUUUCCGGCUCAAUAUGAAUCGCGAUGAGGAGAACAAGACGAUGUCCGGGACCAUUGAGUUCAAGUUCCUCGAUAAAGCUGAGAAGGCUCUGGCUGUUGCGCACUCACGUCCAAUCCCCGAAACAGAGCCGCCAGUGAUCCUGACCCUCUCGCCGUACCCUCUCACGAAUCCGCCUACACCGCUUCCACCCCCAAAUGCAGGACCUCGAUUGGUCAAAGAGCUUCCUCCGGAUUACGACUUCUUGAAACUUUACGAUUUGUUCAGGCCAUUCGGGGCCAUUGCCUCAGUCCGGUACCCAACGAGCUUCGGUGUUAAUACCGGAGUAGUCCAGUUCUGGCGAGAGGAGGAUGCGCGACAAGCACAAGAAGCGAUGCAUUGCGCGGAUGUCGAUGGGUAUAAUAUUGUGGUACAAAUGUACCAACCGAGGCGGGCGGGGUCGAACGUCUCGGAGUUCAGUCCCAGUGCCCCAGCUUUCGUUCCCUCAGGCUCUGUAUUCCCAUACCCAGCACAGUACUCUCCUCACUCGCCACAUUCGCCACCACGAGCCCUCUCGUAUUCACCUCGGCAAGCUCCUGCACCGUUCGUCCAUGGUCCUGGUCAACAGGUGCAAGUACACCAUGGGAGCCAUAGCGGGUUAAUCGACCCAUGCAAUCUCUUCAUCAAAAAUCUUGACGCAGAGAUUGAUUCUAAUGCCCUAUUCGCACACUUCCGCCAGUUCGGCCAAAUAGUCAGUGCGCGUGUGAUGCGAAAUGAGAAUGGCGAGAGUCGUGGGUUCGGAUUUGUCUCAUAUCAGACACCCGACCAAGCCUCUAAUGCUAUGCAGGCCAUGAACGGUGUUGUCCUUGGCUCUAAGCCAAUUGUUGUUCGGCUCCAUGAGCCAAAGCAAUUGCGACAGGAGAAGCUUGCCGCUAGAUUUGCUGGUCAGAACGGUCACCCGAGGAGCGCCAGUGGGGCGACCAGCCCUACUCUCAGCGAAGGCGGCGAGAGCUAUGCAGGGUGGGGAAGCCCGCGCAAACCACCAAGCAUGCUUGGAUCGCCGCCUCACAAUAACCACGGUGACCAUCCUAACAGGCUUAGACGAGGUAGCGGUAGUUACUAUAAUGCUGCGCUUGCGGGGACCUUGAAUGUGCCGAUGCGCUACGACGAUUUGGCUGCCCUUUCACCGGUCGUCCGGAGGGAAGUAUUGAUGGGAGAGCUCAAUCGUCGCGUCAAGUCCUUGAAUACUGUGCCUCCAAAUGAGAUCGACUCGAUCGUAGAAAAGCUGGUCGCGUUAUCAUUGAGCGACGUCGUCACGGUCAUCCAUGAUCAGAACAAAUUGGCGGAGCAGAUUCAUUCAGUUCAGAAUUCGCUCCAUGCCAAACCCACGGCAUCGCGAGAGAAAUCUCCUUCACCGUCGGUAUCACAAGAUUCACGGCUAUUGGAUGCCAGUACCUUGAUUGCGACCGCAUCCGCACCCGAGCACCCCUCAACGCCCGUGUCUGUGUCUCCCGCUAUCUCGACACCCCCCCGCACUUCGUCACCCUCAGGCUCCGUCGCGCAAGGGAGCGAGCGGGAUCGCAUGUAUGCCGCGGUGUGCAAGCUGGAAUCCUCCAAGCAAGCAGAGCUCACGGAGCUGAUGAUGAGUUUACCAAAACGCGACCGCGCGAUGUGUCUGUUCAAUAUCGACGUGCUACGAUCAAAGCUGCAGGACGCCAAGAUGGUGUUGGAGAGUGACGAAGGCGAAGAUGCACCCCCUGUACCUGUGACGCCGCAAGCGAGGAAGAUUUCGUCCCGCUCGUUAGAGGAGAGCCCGCGGACGCCGGACCUGUCGUCUAGAGGACCAUCUGUGGCUGGAUCACCGACGCCCGCUACUCCUGAUGCUUCGUCUGCUGGUUAUACUAUCGCUUCAUUGGCCCGCCUCUCUGCGGUGGAAAUUGUCAGGAUCGCGAGCUCGCCGUCCGCUACGGGCUUGCCCCUGCCCAAGGCCGAUCCUUUGGUCGUCAAGGCCACGGAUGAGUUCAUAGAUGGACUGCUUGACAAACCUAUUCAGCAGCAGAAGCAGGCUUUAGGCGAUAAGUUGUGGCGGGUGAUCAAAGCGUUCGGUAUCAAGGGAGCUCCCAAACUCACGAUUACGCUUUUGGACCAAGAGGAGCUCCGACCUCUUGCUCAUCUCAUGAACAGUUAUCCUAGCGUCCUCAAGGAGAAGGCAUUGCUCACGCAGGCGGCCACCCUUGGCAGUAAAUAAGCCGAUAUCCGUUGUCUCAAAUGUUUUCACGAUUGCUCCAGUUUUCCGCUCCUCCUUGCUCGUAAUCACUCGUUAUUUUUUUGAUCGCCCCAACUUCUGCCAUUCCCAUUUGCAUGUUUCUAGGGAAUCCCGUCCGUCAGGAUCUUCAGGAUUUUUAUCCCAUCUAUCCCGUCGAUAAUUUUCCUCGCUUCAAACUGCUGUGCACCUCCUUGUCUCGUGUCCGAUUGACUAGUAAUAGUACCACACUUGCAUUCUUUUGUUAUAUCCCCUUUGACUCGGCUUUUACCCCAUCCUCGUUCAGUGCUCGCCUACUUACACUGCGUAUCAUACAUCUACAUCCUUGCUCUCUUACUUCCAACAUCUUUUGACUUGUGUUUUUACGACCCUAUCACGAUGUUAUUGUCUCUUUCGCGUUGGUUCUGUCCUUGUCAAGCAAAGCGACCGGUUGUCGAUCAUGUUCUUUUGUUGAGCACGCAAAG